AACACUUAAUAAAAUGUCAAAGUGUCAUGCAGUUUUUGUUUUGAGGUUGGUUAACCUGUGUGUUUUGUUGAAAAUAAAAAUGGCGGACUCAGAAAAAAAUUCUACCGAAGGGACUGUGAAGCCCGCAUUGUUAAAACCAGCUAUAAUAAUGAAGAUAGAUGGCCCAGAUGAAUCAAAUGGAAAAGAAAGUGAAGAAAACGAGAUAAACGUACAAAAAUCUGAAAGCGAAGAAUUUAAAAUAUGCAGUCCAUCAUUUCCACCUUCAUCAAUAUCAAACAAUCAGUUUACUUCGUAUCAAAAUAAAUUAUCCAAAGGGAUUUUAAAGCCGCCUCAAUUUAGUCUUAAUAGCAACAAUCUAACAUCUUUUACUUUAAAACCCAGUCAACUUAAUCAUUUUUCAAAAAAUUCAUCAAAUAGUGAUAAACCGAAUAGUGAAAAAACUGAAAUUAGUGAUUCAAACGUAAACGCUGUAAAUGGCGAAACGCCGAAGUUCGUGCCUUUGGUUGUACCUGAAAAGACAAUACAAACUGAUAAAGACUCCAGCCAAAAGCCCGUCGAGGCCAAAGUUUCCAGCAGUUCCUUCGUUUUCGGAGAAAAUUUAACGGAAAGAGCUGUGGCGAGUGAAAGUAUGGAUACUUCGAAAGCUUCAACCAGUUUAGGUUCAAAUGGGACAUCCGAAAUGCUAUUCAGCAACGUCAUAAAACACGAAUUGAAACAAGACGCCGUUACAAACGCGAAAGAAAAAGAUACGAAAUCGUUGAGCGAAUCGGCGAGGGAAUACGAGGAAUCGAGGGCUAAUAAAAGAAAAUACGAAGAAGUGGAAGUCGUUACCGGCGAGGAAAACGAAACCAACGUCCUAAGUAUUUCUUGUAAACUGUUUGCAUUCAACAAAGUCUCCAGCAACUGGUUAGAAUUGGGCAGAGGGACUUUGCGAUUGAACGAUCUCACCAACGAGGAAUCCGAAGGUGAUCAAAUUGGUAGUAGGCUGGUGUUUCGAGCAUCUGGGAGUUUGAGAGUCAUACUUAAUACCAUAAUUUGGGCUGAAAUGAAUGUUGAAAAGGCCAGCGAGAAAAGUAUUAGAAUAACGGCGUUGGAUGCAAACGGCGAAAUAAAAGUUUUUCUCUUAAUGAGUAACAUUGAAGAUUCGAACAGACUAUACUCGCAUUUGCAAACGAGACUCGAGAGGCUGGAAACCGCCAAUCAGAAACGUAAAAAAUUGGAAAACUCCACGUCUUCGACGAGCAACUGAUUUACAGUACACACAACUAUUUAAUAAUAAUAAUAAUAAUCAUCAAAACAUUUGAGUUCAACAAUUUAAUACUUACCGUGACUACACGCGUUCGUAAAUAGAAAAAAAAAAAAACUGAAAUAGAGUGACGAAUUGACGAUUUUAAUAAUUGAUACAAUAACAAUAGUGAUAGUGGGGCGCUUUUAUUUUUAGUGUGUUUAAGAUUUAAAAUGUUCAUUCCGAAUAUGGAGGUACCUAUCCUGUUUUAUUUAGCCCUACAUCCAAGUUAAAUAUACCGAUACAGGGCAGUAAAAUGACGUUUUAACACGUCGAACGCCGACUCUACUGCAAAUUUUGUAUUCUUUAUAACUUUUUUUUUACAAUAAUUGUUUCUGUUUAAUAAAUGGUAAAAAUUUGAUCAAUAUUGAAGUCGGAUUCGUAAUUAAUUUUUAUUUAAUGAUAUUGAUCUAAUUUAUUCUAAACAUUUUUUGAAAUGUGCUGUAUUCAGGAUGGAAAGAUGUAUAAAAAACAUGUAAUAAAAAAUUCCAAAUGCGUAUUUAAAUUAAUUUACCAGUUAAAUUUAUUUAACAGUCGUGUUCUUAACUUGAUAGGAGACGGACAUCGUAUACGAACCGGUCGUUAUCAAGUGUGCUGAACAAAAGAAGU